CGCCCCCUGCUGGGCGCAGUGAAGCGGGACUCCCUGCUGAGCGGGCGUCCCAUCUGGAUGGAGAAGAUGGUUCUGGGCCGGGUCAAAGUGCCGCACACCUUCUCCGUGCACACCUACACCCGGCCCACCAUCUGCCAGCUCUGCAAGAGGCUGCUGAAGGGGCUCUUCAGGCAGGGCAUGCAGUGCAAAGAUUGUAAAUUUAACUGCCAUAAGAGAUGUGCGGCUAAAGUUCCUCGAGACUGCCUCGGGGAGGUGGACUUCAACGGAGAGCCAGCGAGUCUCAGUCUGGACUCGGAGGCGACGAUGGAGGUGGACAACAGCGAUGCUAACAGCGAUGCUAACAGUGAUGCUAACAGCGAACACAGCCUCGACGAGACGGACGACAAACUGUUCUUCAUCGAGGGAAACUGCACCGACGGAGAGAAAGACGACGAGACCAUCAGAGCCUUCAGUCCGUCCACCAGCACCAACAUCCCUCUGAUGCGAUUGGUUCAGUCGAUCAAACACACCAAGAGGAAAAGCUCCACGAUGGUGAAGGCAGCCACGCAACCUG